AUGUGCAACAAACACAACAAGAACACGUCGUAUGCUGACAAUUCCUUAGAGAAACCCGACCUGGACUCAUCCAAUUCGAUCAGUGAUCUUGACAAGUACGUUGAAAGCUUUGACAAAAUUGUGUCUAAUAUUGGAUCUUUGACCAACGCUAUCGUUGACGUGUCUAUGGAUGCAGGUAGAGAAUUGAAUGAUAAAGCAAGGGAAUGGUCGUCCAAUUGGCUAUUCAAUCCUAAGGACUCCAAUGACUAUAAUGACUUCAAUGAUAGCAAGCCACAUUUUUUCAAUUUCCCUCCAUUUUAUCAAACCAGGGAUGCUGAUUUGAAUACUGAGUCCGGUGGUUCCACUCUUACUGAUUUGUGGAACAACAAUGGGUUUGGAAGAGAUUUUCCAUUCAAGUUUGGAUCUACGCCUUUCGGAUACCGUGCUUACAAGGGUCCCUCCACUAGACAGUACAAUGAUUGUUUAGACAAGCAUGGGAAAUCAUUGUGGGAUGAUAGAGGAUAUUGGAGAUGCCUCUUCCCUGAAGCCGAAGUACCAGUGGAUGUUUUGGACUUUAAGAAGAAAUAUUUUGGUGAUUCUGUGGUUACUAAAGAGGAUUUUUUCAAGUAUAUGAAUGAGCUCGGGGCAAAUGAGAAUAGCAGGGCUAUUGACUUGAAAGAAAAAGGUACAUUUUUCAACACUUAUGAAGACUAUUUGGUUUGGAGACAGGAUAAGUUUUCUGAAUUGAAAAAGAAGAGAGAGGAGGAAGCCAAGACAAGAGCAGCUAAUAGAUCCAAAGUGUUGGAACUGUUGAAACAAAAGCAGUCUGAGGUCGCUGAUAACGACAAGUAUGUCACCUCAACUUCCAUCAAGUCUAAUGUCUUUACAGACUUGGACACAAAUGAAGUCAAGUAUAUUGAAACUAAGCAAGAGUGUUUCAAUGAUGGCAAUUGUGUUGUUACAAAAAUCAUAAAGCUGAAACCAAUAGGUGCUGCUGAUUGGACCAAUGUUGAAGAGCACACAGAAAGCUCUCCAAAUUCAAACAAAGGCUGGUUUUGGAAAUAG